UGUUAGGGCGUGUUGUUAUUGAAUGUGUGGGUUGAACAGUUCGGGAAAUGGGUCACACCCUGCUUUGACGUUAAUGUGUCUGGGAGACGCUGUGCAUACAUUGUUGCUGUUAGUCGGAGUUUGUGUUGCAACUGACAAGGAAUUAUUCAUUGUAAGCCUGUCGAGGUGAGGAAGUCAUGCAUCAUGGCUUCUAUAAACAACCCUUCUGUGGGUAUUUACAGUAAUGGUGGAGCCGAUCCAGGUGCAAGUAAAAAUGUUCCAAAAAGUGCAGCAGAAUCUGGUGGUGUACGCAAACCUUCGUAUCUUGGCUUGUCAUGCUCUGUGAGUGGAUACGGGAGGGCAUCUGCAUACGGACUGCGCUCGAGAGAUCACAGCCCAGCACCAACAUCUGUUCAGCCUAGACUUGGUACACCAGUGCAAACCAUGGAUGAUGCAGUGUGUGAUGGGAGAUCAUCAACCAGAGUCAAUGGUCAUGUCCAGAAUUCUGAUGAUCCAGACUGCAGUCAUCCCAUUAUGGCUGUGCCUGGAGCGGUUCGUGUUAUUGAAUUGGAACUGGCUACUCAGCAAAAGGGUUUUGUGCAGCAUCAGCAAGAGCCAGAUUCUCCUGCAAAAUCUGUUGUUCAGCAGAGAGUUGAACGGCUGUAUGGGCCUGGUGCCCUGGCCCAGGCUUUCUUAAAAAGAAUGAGUGGUUCAGUGCCAAAAUCACCUACCAUUGAUGAUGAUUCACAGGUGUCACCUUCGGAAAAUGAUAUUAAGGUGGUAUGUAGUUCUUCACCCCCAGCUCUGCCUGUGCUGAGGCACCUAAGACCAGAGUUUCGUGCUCAGCUUCCUAUAGGCAGAACCCGGCGUGUCCCACCACCGACUCCCCAAGAGUCGGAGUUGGCAGGAUCUACCUCAGAACAACAACCUCCUCCUGACUUACGACCAGCUGCUCCUGACGUUGUACUUCCACGUCCCACUCUGACUCCUCAUGAAUCAACUAUCAGGGAUGGCCAUUUCUUCCUGAAGCAAGUGCAUCAGGAAAUGGAAAGGCUGCUGUCGCUGGUGAGAAAGACUGAAAGUGAGCUGGAAAACAAUGAAAAAUUGAAUGAGGAAGCAAAAGGCAAGCUCCGGGCGGCAGCUGGUCAGGCUGGCCUUCUCGUGCGUCAGAAAUUGCAGCAAUUUGAAGGCCUGUGUCAAAAGAACAUUACACAAAGUUCAGAUGAGCAAUUCCCAACUACAAAUGAAGACCUGGAGGGUUUUUGGGAUAUGGUAAAACUUCAGGUGGAUCAUGUUGACCGCCUUUUUGAAGACAUUGAGAGGCUUCGUGCUGCCAACUGGAUUGAGGAACAACCAACAGUGGUGAAGGGUGCAACUCAGCGUCGUCGUGGCACACAGCGCAAGUCCAACUCGACGACAACUGCACGAUCUGCUGAUUCGAGUGGAACUGUAGAAGCAAUCCGUAAGGCACGAGAUGAUGCCCGUCGCAGGAUGAUGGAAGAUCGUCGCCGUGCUGCUGCUGCAGCUGCUCGUGCCUGCCAGCAACAGGAUGAUGCACCAGUACAAAUCUUCCAAUAAAAUUUCUCAGCUCUCAUACAGUAUCUGUUUAACCAGAACCUGUCUUCAGACUGUUGAGUUAAUGUGUUAAAUAUGGAAAAGAUAUAAUGUGUGAGGAGAGUGCUGUUUUAUUUUGUGUAUAAAAGUGGAUUUAUUUGGUAGGGGAGGGGGGGGGGGGCUAAAUGUCUCAGCAACACAGGCUGACAGUAUUAUUUGUGUUGUAAUAUGGCUUGCUGUUAAUUUCAGUUGCGUAGUGAAGUUUUCACUGGAGUUGUGUGGCUGUUAAUUUCUGUUUUAGGAAUGUGUUAGCUGGUGAUUUAUGAUCCACUUUCUCUUUUCGGCAGCUGUUGUAAUGUUAAAGAUUAAUGCGGUGGUGUCACACAGUAUUUUUAAUUUUUUUAUUUUGAGACUGCGUGUAAGCAAAGCCUUGCAAAAGGAAUGCAAAACUAUUACCCAGCUGAAGUCACAUAUUGUUAAAUUAUAAACAUUGUCCUUUUACAUGACUGUAUCAUUAAUGCUUUGAGUGUUGGCAUUGUAUUUUUUAAUUAUUAUUUCUGUUAUUAAUACAUUUAUCUUGCAUGAGUUGUUGUUGGUUCAAGUUUGCUCUGUGCUGUAAGACUGUUAUUAGCAUUCUGUCUGCCAGACUGCUGAAUAAGUGACACACUAUUUCCAGGCCAAAAUCUGCUGUUAAAAUUCUUAAAAACAUUAAUCUGAUUAGAAAUACGGUACAUGUUCGAACGUUUUGUUACUCUCGUCAUAUAUAUAGCUCUACAACUGUGUAUUUGUUAAGCCUCCCAAUAGUUUCAGUUCUGAUAUGGGUCACAGGGAUAAACACAGAUAACCUGUUAAAGUGGGACGAAUUGAGGAAGCUUGUGGAAAAGUCAGAAACCUUAUCACUUCAUUUACUUUUUCAGUGUUUGUUGGCAGAAAAGAUGGGCAGAUGUGUGGUUCCACAUUUUGCAGAGAUUUGACAUGUUCCAGACUAUAUUAUAAAGAAGAAAGUAAUAUUUUUCAUUGUAAACUGGUGCAUUGUCUUUAAAGGCUUCAAAAUGCAUUUUUUUUAAGACUAAUUUGGCCACAGUUGGGUAAUAGCAAUCAUGCUAACCAAUAUUGUGGCUAUAACCUGAAUGUGGAUUUAACUUAAAGUUGUUGGGGCAAAUGCAAAAAAUGUUUGUGGCAAAAAAAUCUUAUUGUAAUGAUACAGCUUUCAGUGGGGUUGUUGGCAUUGUAGGUACAAAUAGUCUAACUGCAGUGCUGAGUGAUUUUAUUCUUUCACUGUCCAUGAAACAUCACUUCAGGUAUGUAGUGAUCUAGAGAAAAAUUACAUAAACAAUUAGU